UUUCUGUCAUUUCAUAUUGUUUUGUUUUUAAUUGAAAAAACGAAACCGGGAAAAUGAAAGAAAAAGACGAGAGAGAGAGAGGAAGAGGAAGAGGAAGAGGGUAACCACCACUCUGCCCCAUUACCAAUAAUUUUGCUACAAAAAAAAAUUUGAAGACUUUGUGGAGAAGCAAUCAGACCCAGUGAAGACGAAACCUUAGUCGAUCUGGUGUUUCUGUUUAGUCUCUCCCACUUGCAAUGCCGGAGAUCUAACUGCCCCCAAACAUUUCUCACCAACAACAACAACAACAACAACAAUGGCGUCCAGAACCAAAACCGGUUUAAUGGAGACUCCUCGUAGUAAACCAUCUCCUCCGCCACCAAGGCUGACUAAAUCAUCAGUGACUAAAUCCGAUGGAAGUUCACCAUCUUCUGUGCACAGCACCCGUCUCUCACUAGACCGUUCCCCACAAUCUGUUAACUCCAAGCCUUCUCCUGAUCGUCGUACUGCAAGAGUCCCUACUCCACCUGAGAAGUCGCAGUCACGGUUAGGGAAAGGAUCUGAGCUACAAGCCCAACUGAAACAGAUUCAGGAGGAUUUGAGAAAAGCUAACGAGCAAAUAGCAGUGCUCAAGAAAGACAAAGCUAAAGCUCUCGAUGAUCUCAAAGGCUUUGAGAAGCUAAACAAAGAAGCCAAUGAGAAACUCAAAGAAGCACUGGCAGAAGCUCAGGGGAGUUCCGAGAUUGAAGCGGUUCAUCACGAGAAGGAUCUCUCUUGGAAGAAAGAGGUUGAAUCUAUAAGAAGCCAGCAUGCUUUAGACAUCUCAGCUCUUCUCUCCACCACUGAAGAGCUUCACAGGGUUCAACAAGAGUUGGCUAUGACUGCUGACGCUAAAAACAAGGCGUUGAGUCAUGCUGAGGAAGCGACCAAGAUUGCUGAGAUGCAGGCCGAGAAGGUGGAGGUUCUUUCUUCUGAGUUAAGCCAGUUAAAGGCAUUGGUUGGUGCAGAGGAACAGAAGAAAGCUACUGAAGGUGAUGAGGUUGUGUCUAAACUGAAAUCCGAGAUUGAGAUGUUGAAAGGGGAUCUUGAGAAUGUUGGCAUCUUACAGAAUAAGCUGAAGGAUCAAGAAGAGUGCAUUGAGCAGCUCCACGUUGACCUCGAAGCUGCUAAAAUCGUUGAAUCAUGUGCUAAUAGCUUAGCAGCUGAGUUGAAGAAUGAACUUGAAAAACAAGUUGAAGAGUCAAAUAAGUUGAAGACGUCUGCUUCAGAGUCUUUAGAUUCAGCUAUGAAGCAGCUGGGAGAAAACAGUCAUGCGCUUCAUGAGGCAGAGUUGGACAAUGCUGCGUUGAAAGAAAAGAUUGAGUCCAUGGUAACAACAAUUGCAAGUCAGGAAGAAGAUCUUCAGGAAUCUCAACGCCAGGUUUGCACUUUGAAAGAAGAAACUUCUAAGCUUGAAAAACUCGUUGAGUCAGUGAAAGCUGACCUUGCAACCGCCCAAGAAGAAGCUUUGGAGAAUGAAAAGACUACAACAUCACAUAUUCAGAACUUACUGAAUGAAAAGACGGAGCUUGCGACAGAGCUGGAGAGCUGUAGGAAGGAAGAAGAGGAAACCAAGAAAGCUAUGGAAAGCUUAACUUCGGAGUUGCAGGAAGUAUCUGUGGAAGCAAGGGAAGCUAAGGAGAGGCUCUUGACAUGUCAAGCAGAGGUUGAACAUUGCGGAACACAGAUUGAGAGUUUGAAGUUGGCUGCGAAAAAGACUAAUGAGAAGUCUGAAAGAAUGCUUGAAGAUGCAAGAGACGAAAUUGAAAGCCUGAAGAAUAGUUUAGGAAAGAGUCAAGAUGAGAUUGUUAGUUCGAAGACUGAGUGGGCGCAGCGAGAACUCCAUUUGAUGGCUUGUGUGAAGAAAUCGGAAGAUGAAACGUUCUCUGUGCAGGGAGAGCUUAGCAAGGUGGAAGAUUUGCUUAAUCUCAAGGAAAAUGAGGUGAAGGCAGCAAAAGAAGAAGAAGCCAAUACGAAAAGGAAACUUGAGGAACUUGAGGAGGAGCUUAAGGAUAUGCAGGAAAGAGUUGGUGAAGCUAAAGCUGAAAGUUUGAAAGUUAAAGAAAGUUUGUUGGAGAAAGAAAACGAACUAGAGAAUGCUGCGGCAGACAACAAAAAGCUCGGAGAUGAAUUGUCAAAGAUAAAUGAAAGCUUGGUGGAUAAAGAGACAAUACUGCAGAGCAUUAUUCAAGAAGCGGAGGAGCUCAGAGGGAGGGAACUUGAUUAUCUCAAGAAGAUUGAGGAGUUGUCAGCUGCAAAUUUAAGUUUGCUUGAUAAAGAAACCAAACUGUUGAGCAGUGUCCAAGAAGCUGAGGAGCUCAGAGGGAGGGAGCUUGAGUAUCUCAAGAAGAUUGAAGAGUUGUCAGCAGAGAAUGUGAGCUUGGCUGACAGAGAAACCAAACUGUUGAGCAUUGUUGAAGAAGCUGAUGAGCUCAAAGGGAGGGAGCUUGAUUACCUCAAGAAGAUUGAAGAGUUGUCAGCAGCGAAUGUGAGCUUGGUUGACAAAGAAACCAAACUGUUGAGCAUUGUUCAAGAAGCUGAGGAGCUCAGAGGUAGGGAGCUUGAUUAUCUCAAGAAGAUUGAAGAGUUGUCAGCAACUUUGUCAGCAGCGAAUGCAAGUUUGGUUGACAAAGAAACCAAACUGUUAAGCAUUGUUCAAGAAGCUGAUGAGCUUAAAAGGACAGAGAUUGCUUGUCUGAAGAAGAUUGAAGAGUUGUCAGCAGCGAAUGAGAGUUUGGUUGACAAAGAAACCAAACUAUUGAGCAUUGCUCAAGAAGCUGAGGAGCUUAAAAGAACAGAGAUUGCUCAUCUGAAGAAGAUUGAAGAGUUGUCAGCAUUGAAUGAGAGUUUGACUAACAAAGAAACCAAACUGCAGAGCACCAUUCAAGAAAUCGAGGUGCUCAAAGAAAAGGAGUCUGUAUACAUCAGGAAGAUUGAGGAGUUGUCAUUGCCAAAUGAGAUAUUAGCUGAGAAAGAAGCCAAACUACAGUCAGCUGUUAAGGAGAAUGAAGAGUUAAGAGAAAGGGAGUCUUCUUACCAUAAGAAGCUUGAAGAGUUGUCAAAAGUAUCUGACAACGUUGCUGCCAGAGAAAUCAAACUCCACAUUUCCACUCAAGAAAACGAAGAGCUUAGAGAAAGAGAGGCUGCAUACCUCAAGAAGAUCGAAGAGUUAGCUAAGCUGCAAGAGUCUCUUCUUGACAGAGAAACUGAGCUUGAAGGUAAGGUCCUUGAGAUUGAGGACCUUAAAGCCAAGGACUCUCUAUCCCAAAAGAAGAUUGAAGAGUUAUCAAAUCUAAACAAAACCUUGCUCGUGAAAGAGAGCGAGUUACACAACGUCGUUUGCGAAAACGAGGAGCUCAAAUCCAAAGAGGCUUCAUCGCUUAAGACAAUAGAGGAGUUGUCUGAUCUUAAACAAAGCUUGGUUGGUAAAGAAAACGAGCUCAAGACUGCAGUAGUCGAGAACGAAGAGCUCAAGGCCAAUGCUGCAUCACUGGUUCAGAAGAUUGAAGAGUUGACAACCCUUAAACAGAGUUUACUUGAUAAAGAGAACGAGCUGCAGGGCGUUUUCCAUGAGAACGAGGAGCUCAAGGCCAAAGAGGAAGCAUCUUUGAAGAAGAUCGAUGAGUUGCUGCAUCUCGAGCAGAGUUGGCUUGAGAAGGAAAACGAAUUUCAAAGACUUCAUCAAGAAAAUGAAGAGCUUAGAGUGCAGGAAGCUUCAAAGGCAAAGAAGAUAGAGGAGUUGUCAAUCCUGCUUGACAAAGAAGCCGAGUUGCAGGCUGUGAUUCAUGAUAACGCUGAGCUGAAGACCAGGGAGGCUUCUGCGGUUAAGAAGAUAGAAGAGUUAUCGGAGUUGCUAGAAAAAGAAGAGAAACCAGAUGAAAACGGCAAGCACAGUACAGGAGAACAAAAGGUACAAGAAACUCCAGUGGAAGCCAUUGAUAACCAUCUGAACGGUGACACACCAGUCCAUUUGUUAGCUCACAAAGAUGAAGGAGAGAAAGAUAAAGACUCAAUUGAAGGGGAAGGCUACCAUAUAGAAAAGAGAGAAGCGUCUUCAGAGAGAGAGUCAGAGCACGAGUUUGCUGAAGAGGAAGAGGAAUCAAAAGCAGAAGGCAGUGAGAACUUUGAUCAGUUAAGCAAUGGCUUGUCUUCAGCUGAACAUAUAGAAUAUUCUGGGAGUCUGCACUCAAAGGAACUAGAGCAGAAGAAGAAGAAACCUUUGCUCCGGAAGUUUGGAAAUCUACUGAAGAAGAAGAGUACAAGCAGCAGCAGCAGCAGCCAUAAAUAGAGGGAAGAUGAGACUAUUAUCAUUUCUAUUGCAACUGAACAUUAUUUCUUGGUUGAUUUGUCUUUAAAUCUUUGAAGAGUAUAUCUCCAGAUUCAAUUUAAGGUGCUUGAUCUCUGGUUUA